AUGGCUCUCGAUCAUAAUAUCAGCCUAACCGAAUCCGAUAACAACGACUCUCUUUUCCACCUCUGCUGGCGACGACAAUCCUGUUCACAAUGUCUGAGCGAAGUGAACUGCAGUUGGUGUGCAAUAUCAUCCACCUGUGUUCCAAAUGCGGGGCGAGUUCCAAUCCUAGCUCCUAUUGGAUCUGACCAGAUCUGUCCACUUGGCUCGAAAGAACGCUGGGAGAUGCGAUCGCGUCCACUGGGAUGUAACGUUAGCACGUUGACAUUUCUGUCGAUUAUUGUCUCUGUAUCGGGGACGGUCGCCUUGGUUGCUAUUGCUCUACUGGUUAUUUCGUUGGUGAGGCGGGCGCACAGACGAUUGAAGCAGACGGAGUUUGAACGUUUGGGCGAACCCCAAGAUUCAUGGUUUGCUUGGCUCGAUUUAAGUUCUUUGCUUUUAUUGGUGGAGGAAGGGCAGGAGGAUGCGGAGACGAGGCCUUUGCUAGCGUAG